AUGGGGGCGCGGCCCCCCCCGCGCUGCGGGAGCCGGGAGCUGCGGGCGCGGACGGGGCAGCCGGUGCUGCGCUGCCGGGAGGCGCUGGAGCGGGCGGGGGGCGACCUGCGGCAGGCCGAGGCCUGGCUGGAGGCCGAGUCCCGCCGCCGGGGCUGGGCCCAGGCCGUGGCCCCCGGAGCCCCCCGGGCCCGAGAGGGGCUUGUGGGGGUCCUGAGCGAGGGCUCUGCUGCUGCCAUGGUGGAGGUGAACUGUGAGACGGAUUUCGUGGCUCGGACCCCCGAGUUCCAGCAGCUGGUGGAGAUGGCGGCCAGGGGGUCCUGGGGCACUGCCAGGGGGCUGCGGGCACCAAGGUGGGGGCUGGGAGGGUUGAGGUGGGAGGUCUGCGGUGCCAGGGGAGGGUUUGGGGGGUGCCAGGGAGGGGUUGGGGUGCCUCCUGACUCCCCCCCCCAGCACCUGCUGCGAGAGGAUGAACUGGCCCAGCUGCGGGUGGGGGACAAGGGGGACCUGCUGAGUGACCACCUGGCACUGGCCAUGGGCCGCCUGGGCGAGCGCCUGUCCCUGUGCCGGGCCGGGUGGCUCCGGGCCCCGGGGGGGUUCGUGGCCACCUACACGCACGGGUGGGUCCCCCCUGGGCCCCCCGUGGCCAUGGGCACCUACGGGGCUCUGGUGGCCUGUGGGGGGCCCGGCCCGGGGCCCCCCCCGGCGGAGCUGCGGGAGUUGGGGCGCAGGGUGGCCCAGCACGUGGUGGGGUUGGCGCCCACCGCGCUGGGGACCGAGGACGAGCUGGGGGGGGACGGGGAGACGCGGCUGCUGGCACAGGGGACCCUCCUGGAGCCGGGGGUGCCCCUGGGCCGGUACCUGCGGGACCGGGGGGGGCUCCAGGUCUGGGACUUCCUGCGCUUCCAGUGCGGGGAGGAGCCCCCCGAGGCAGUCCCCCGGGACCCCCCCGCGCCGCCGGCAUGAGGGGGUGUGGCUGGGCCCCUCCCCCGGAGCCAGUUUGGGAGGCCCCGCCCAGAUUUGGGGGGGAUGAAGCUGAAUAAAGGUGUGAAGGAACGA